UAGUCUGAACUUAAUUUUUAAGUUAAUCAUUUAGAAUAAUAUGGCUCAAAAAUCCCACGGUAUUCAACAACUUUUGGGAGCUGAGAAAAAGGCUGCAGAUUUGGUGGGUGAUGCUAGAAAAAGGAAAACAAAACGGUUGAAACAAGCUAAAGAAGAAGCAAUUUCAGAAAUUGAGCAGUUUCGUAAUGAGCGCGAGACUAUAUUCAAAGAAACACAACAGAAUCGGUUUGGUCAAGAUGAUUAUCAAAAGCAAAUCACUGAAGAUACUAAUUCAAAGUUGAUGUUAAUAGAGAGGCAGGUGAAAGAGAACAAAGGUGCUGUAGUGAAGAGAAUUUUGGAAUUAGUUUAUGAUAUUUCACCAAAGCUGCAUGAAAACUUCAGAAUUUAAACAUAAUUUAAAUGAUUGUUUUUAUUUAUAUUCUGAUUGUUUUGCAAAUAUAUUUCAAAUUUC